AUGAGUCUGGCUGUCUUUCUGGCCAUCCUCUGCUUGGGAGUGGCCGAUGCUACUCAAUCAUCUGAUCCCAGUUUGGAUUCUGAAUGGCAGAAGUGGAAGACAAAAUAUGACAAAAGCUACAGCCUGGAGGAAGAAAAACAGAAGAGAGCAGUAUGGGAAGAAAACAUGAAACUGGUCACACAGCAUAAUAUUGAAUAUGAUCAGGGAAAGAAAAACUUCACUAUGCAGGUCAAUGGGUUUGGUGACAUGACCAGUGAAGAAUUAAGGAAAAUGCUGACUGAUAUUCCAGUCCCGAAUCUUAGGAAGAAGAAAAAUGUCCACCAACCUAUUAUUGGUUAUCUCCCCAAAUUUGUGGACUGGAGAAGAAGAGGCUAUGUGACUUCUGUGAAGGAUCAGGGAAAAUGUAAUUCUUGUUGGGCUUUUUCUGCGGCUGGUGCCAUAGAAGGACAGAUGUUCCGGAAAACAGGCAAACUAGUCUCAUUGAGUGCACAAAACCUAGUGGACUGUUCUAGAACUGAAGGGAAUCGCGGCUGUUAUUCAGGCCAUACAUUCCGUGCUUUAAAAUAUGUGUGGAAAAAUGGAGGUCUGGAGGCUGAGUCAACUUAUCCAUACGAAGGAAGGGAGGGACACUGCCGGUACCUCCCUGAACGUUCUGCUGCUAGAAUCACAGGCUUUUCGAUUAUCUCAAGGACGGAGGAAGCCUUAAUGCAUGCUGUAGCAACUAUAGGGCCCAUCUCUGUUGGAAUUGAUGCUGCACAUGAAUCUUUCACAUUUUAUAGGGAUGGUAUUUAUUAUGAGCCAAAAUGUGGGAGUAAUACAGUCAACCAUGCUGUUCUGCUAGUUGGCUAUGGCUAUGAAGGAAGAGAGUCAGAUGGCAGAAAAUACUGGCUGAUAAAGAACAGUCAUGGUGAAGAAUGGGGUAUGAAUGGCUACAUGAAGAUUGCCAGAGGCAGGAACAACCAUUGUGGAAUUGCUACAUAUGCCGUCUACCCCAGAGUGUAA